CUCGUUUGCUUUUCCUGAGAAAGAGAGAGAGAGACAAUGGUCAAUACUGAAACAAUUCGGAUAGUCGUCGGCAUCAUCGGAAAUGUUAUAUCGUUCGGUCUGUUCAUCUCGCCUGCGCCGACGUUUGUGACGAUCUUGAAGAGAAAGUCGGUUGGGGAUUUCUCGCCGAUGCCAUAUAUCGCGACGAUAAUGAAUUGCAUGCUGUGGGUGUUCUAUGGUACCCCGGUCGUCCAUCCUCACAGCAUUCUCGUGCUCACCAUCAACGGUAUCGGCCUCUUCUUGGAGAUCAUCUACCUCACCUUGUUUUUCAUCUUCGCCGACAAGAAAAACAGAUUGAAGAUUAUUGGAUUUAUAUUCUUGGAAUUAGUGUUUAUAUCGGCAAUAAUUUUGGGCACGCUGCUGGGUCUCCAUACCUACGAUGACAGAUCGAAGCUUGUUGGAACCAUCUGUAUCGUCUUUGGAAUUAUCAUGUAUGGAUCGCCCUUGACCAUCAUGAAAACGGUUAUAGUUACUAAGAGUGUGGAAUAUAUGCCGUUCUCUAUUUCGAUGGCAAGCUUCUCCAAUGGAAUCUGUUGGCUGAUUUAUGCUCUCCUUCGUUUCGACCUCUACAUCUUGAUUUCCAAUGGCGUGGGAGCUGUGCUUGGUGCAGCCCAACUAAUUCUGUAUUUUUGCUACUGGAAGCCGGGUGAUCAGAAUGAGAAGAAGUCAUCUCAAGUGCAGCUCUCAAGUAGCAGUGCAAUGCACAAUAUGGUUUGAUUGCACAGCUGUGCUUAGUGUGGAAUGAGGGGAAAAAGACUGACGAUUUAAGGGAAAUAACAUUCGCAUUGCCGCAUUUCUGUUAUAUUUGAAGUUGCAGAAAAAAAAAAAAAUGCUCCUUGUUGUUUGUAGUCAAACUCCAUGUUCAUUUGUACUACUGCAAUAGGGGCAUUGCAAAUUUUGUUCAUUUUUUCUUCAAAAAUAA